GUAUAAUCUAGCGCAGUAAUCAUGAGAAGUAAGCAUUCUUUUAACAAUGGUAGGGAUGGUGGCCGUACUUCAAGAGGAAGGAGUCGAGGAACUCCAAUGGCUGAACGUGAAGAGUCUUCUUCAAGAAGAAGGGGUCGAGGAUCUCCAAUGGCUGAACAUCAAGAGCCGGCCAGACAGGAAAGAAGGGAAGAGGAAAAUUCAGAAGCGACGAAUGUAUGUGAACACUGUGUAGCCUUAUUCCAAAACAAUACGAUUUUGCCAUCACCGUCUUUUCAAGUUCUUUCAGGUCUUCCAACACCCAUAUAUAAUCAUCAAGGUUUAAAUAUUCAGGUAUAUCCACCACCAAGAAAUAACCCUCAGGGUUUCAAUAGUCAAGUACCUUCUUCUUCGAAUCUUCCACCACCAAGAAAUAACUCUCAGAGUUUCAAUAUUCAAGUUCGUUCAAAUCUUCCACCACCAAUGAAUAACUCUCAGGGUUUCAAUAUUCAAGUUCUUUCAAAUCUUCCACCACCCACAAAUAACCCUCACGGUUACAAUGGCAACAGGCCCUCCUACAGCCAAGCUGUGCUUAAUAGCCAAGUUAAGAAUGUGCAACCUAGCCAAGUGAGCAAUGUGCAACCUAGCCAAGGUGGUUAUGUUCAACUUAGCCAACUGAGGAAUGCGCAAGCUAGCCAAGUGAGGAAUGUUCAACCUAACCAAAUGAGCAAUGUGCAGCCUAGCCAACCUAGCCAAGUUACUCAAGGUAGAAUGGGGUCACAACAACCUUCAGAAUCAAAUAGACAACUUCCUGUACCUUUCUAUGAUUUCUUGGGAGUGGAGAAUGAAGUGGAGGAUUGGGAGGAGCUCGCAGAUCUUCCUGAGAAACUUGAAGAAAGAAAAUGA